AUGGGCCCCGUGGAUAGGAUGCGCACACACAAGAAUAUGCAAAAAAAGGCUGAGCUUGGUCAAGGCUUGAGAUACAUCUUGAGAGAGCUGUCGAGAGAAAAACUGCGGAAUAUUCCAGAGUCACGACUCAAUGGCAUCCAUGCUUUACCCGUGGAGCUUUGGAGUCAGAUCAUCAACCAUGUCCUGGACCUAUGUUUCCAACCCAGAAGGCGGCAAUGUCGUGAUGUUUUCAGGGUACUGAGGUUGCGCUUCGUAUGCCGUGCUUUCGACGAGGAGAUACGACGGGCAUUGCAUCAGCGCUUGGGCCUGAACCAAUUGCCAUACUAUCUUUUCCUGGCAUACAACAUAGAGACUUCGGAUACUUCCCUUCGUAAUGCAUUUCUUGCAUCGGCGCUAUACCGCGAAACACAGCGUUGUUCUGAGAACAGCGCUAUUCAUCCCAUAGCAUAUCGUAUCAAGAACUGUGUUCUCGUGGCCCAACACCUAUCGUUUGAUCACAACGCCCAACAGGAGCAGCAGCUGUACAAAAAAUUCUGUACCUCCGCAUCAGCAUCGUACUGUUGUAGGAGAUACAUCUUCGACUUCCGAUACGGGCCUAAAGAACCUGUUCUUGGCGUCGAUAACCCUGGUGGCUUCGCAAGGGAAAGCGACAUUCUUCUCGAAGUCUCUCUACUGGUCGCCAACGGCUACCAGCUUACAAAGGUGAAGCGGUGGAUGUAA